AUUUCUCAUACUACCAUGUCUCUCCGAUUCUCUAGUGGGUCCAGGCUGAUUUGCUUGCGGUCUGGAAGCGGAUCUGUCAGACCAUCCAGUGGAGGUGCAGGCUUUGCAGGCAGCAGUGUCUGUGGCAGCUCUGUCGUUGGAGGUGGAUUUUCCUGUGCCUUGGGAGGGGGCUUGGCCAGUGUUCCUGGUGGAAACCAUGCUGGUGGUGCCUUUGGAAAUGCCUCCUGUGCUGGCUUUGCUGGAAGUGAAGGGGGACUCCUCUCUGGGAAUGAGAAGGUGACCAUGCAGAAUCUUAAUGACCGCUUGGCAUCCUACCUGGAGAAUGUGCGAGCUCUGGAGGAGGCCAAUGCUGAGCUAGAGAGAAAAAUCAAGGGCUGGUAUGAAAAAUAUGGUCCUGGAUCUUGCCGUGGACUUGAUCAUGACUAUAGCAGAUAUCACCUAACAAUCGAAGAUCUUAAGAAUCAGAUUAUCUCUUCCACGGCUGCUAAUGCUAAUGUCAUUCUGCAGAUCGAUAAUGCCAGACUGGCUGCUGAUGAUUUCCGGCUAAAGUAUGAAAAUGAGCUCGCCCUCCACCAAAACGCAGAGGCCGACAUCAAUGGGCUGAGGCGAGUUCUGGAUGAACUGACGCUCUGCAGGACUGACCAGGAGCUGCAGUACGAAUCCCUGAGUGAAGAGAUGACGUAUCUCAAGAAGAACCAUGAAGAGGAGAUGAAGGCCCUGCAGUGCGCCGCGGGCGGCAACGUCAACGUGGAGAUGAACGCGGCGCCCGGGGUGGACCUCACGGUGCUGCUGAACAACAUGCGGGCUGAGUACGAAGCCCUGGCCGAGCAGAACCGCCGGGACGCGGAGGCCUGGUACAACGAGAAGAGCGCUACGCUGCAGCAGCAGAUCUCCGACGACGCGGGCGCUGCCACCUCGGCCAGGACGGAGCUGACCGAGAUGAAACGCAGUCUGCAGACGGUGGAGAUAGAGCUGCAGUCCCUCCUGGCAAUGAAACACUCCCUGGAGUGCUCGUUGUCGGAGACGGAAGGCAACUACUGUGCGCAGCUGGCCCAGAACCAGGCUCAGAUCGGGGCCCUGGAGGAGCAGCUGCACCAGGUCAGAACCGAGACCGAGGGCCAGAAGCUGGAGUACGAGCAGCUCCUGGACAUCAAGGUCCACCUGGAGAAGGAAAUCGAGACCUACUGCCGCCUGCUAGAGGGAGAUGGAAACUCCUGCUCCAAAUCAAAAGGCUUUGGAUCAGGAAGCUCAGGGAGUUCAUCUAAAGAUUUAUCCAAAACUACACUGGUAAAGACGGUGGUUGAAGAGAUAGAUCAACGUGGUAAAGUCCUUUCAUCAAGGAUUCAAUCCAUUGAAGAAAAGACAUCUAAAAUGAUCAAUGGCAAGACAGAACAAAGGUUUUCUUUCUAG